AUGAUUUCAGAGGUUCCCCAAUUCGUCCAAAUUGGUGGCUUUGUAAGUAUGACUCACCUUGACCUCUCUUACUCCAAUUUCAGUGGCCCAAUCCCUUCCGAGAUUUCCCACCUUUCCACCUUGGUUUCACUCAAUCUCUCCCAACUUGAUGGAAGACUAGAUACUCUUAGCUUGAACAGAAUUGUUCAAAACCUGACCAAUCUUAGGGAGCUUUAUUUGACCUCUGUUGAUAUGUCAUCAGUUCUACCUGAUUCCUUCAAGAAUUUGUCUUCUUCUCUGACAACUCUUGAACUUUCCCAAUGCAACUUGCAAGGAAAAUUCCCAGAAAGCAUUUUCCACCAACCAAAUCUUCAACUAUUAGAUUUAAGCAAUAACUAUAACCUCACAAUUUAUUUCCCCAAGUCUAACUGGAGCAGUCCCCUCGAGGUGUUGGAUCUCUCUCAUACUAGAAUUUCAGUAGAUUGGCGUCAUCUGGCAAGAAAUUUCAAGUUUUUGAGAUAUUUGUCUCUCAGCAGUUGCAAUUUUGUAGGAUCAUAUCUUGCAUUUCUUGGUAACCACACACAAAUCGAGCUAUUGGACCUCUCGUCUAACAGUUUUGGUGGCCAAAUCCCAUGGUCGUUCUUUUUAAACCUUGAGAGCCUCGUUGAGUUGGAUCUUAGUUCCAACAAUUAUGUCGGUCAGUUUCCAGAAGUUGAUAGCAACUCGACAGGGAUCGCUUCUUUGUAUGAUUUUUCAAAACAACAACUGGUGGGUCCUAUUCCUCGACACUUAGCCUUCCUCCAUUUAAAAUGGAACCAACUCAACGGAACAAUACCAUCUUGGUUAGGUAGUUUGCCAUCAUUGAAGAGCUUAAACCUCAUAAGUAACCAACUCAGCGGUAAUAUCAUUGAGUUCCAAUCUAGUUCUUUGCAAUACCUUUCUUUAAAAGAUAACAAGCUGCAUGGCCUCAUUCCGAGAUCAAUCUUUGAACUUGAGAACCUCACGGUCCUUGCACUAUCAUCCAACCAACUCAGCGUGCUUACUUUAGAUGAUAACAAGUUGGAUGGCCAGAUUCCAAGAUCAAUCUUUGAAUUUGAGAACCUUUCGGACCUUGAUCUAUCAUCCAAUAACUUGGGUGGAAAUUUGGAGUUCGAAAAGUUUUCAAAACUCCAAAGUCUUUGUCGGCUUAAUCUUUCCUUUAAUCAUCUAUCCAUGAGCUUCAACCAUUUGAGUAACAACACUUGGCCUCAACUUGAGUUACUAGAUUUGUCGUCUUGUAACAUAAGUGAGUUCCCAUACUUUCUAAGAGCCUCACAAAAUUUGGGUGUGUUAUACCUUUCCCACAACCGAAUCCAUGCCGACAUUCCCAAAUGGUUGUUGGAUUUUGGGAAAGAUUCAUUGAAUUAUUUGGAUCUUUCUCACAACUCUUUGACUGGCACUGUAGGACAACUUCGGUGGAAAAAUCUUAUGUAUCUUGACCUUCGCAACAAUUCUCUCUGUAGAGAGCUUCCAAUUCCAUCACCUUCCACAUUUUUCUUUUUCAUAUCAAACAACCAAUUGACUGGAGAGAGGCCUCCAACCAUUUGCAGCUUGAGUAAACUUAAAAUCCUUGAUUUGUCCAGUAAUAAAUUGAGUGGUAAAAUUCAUCCCUGCAUAGGGAACUUCAGUCAGAGCCUCUCUGUUUUGGAUUUACGGAAUAAUAAAUUUCAUGGUGUGAUUUGUAGAACAUUUUCUAAGGGAAACGUUUUGAGAAGUCUUAAUCUUCAUGGAAAUCAGUUGGAAGGGUUGUUGCCGCCAUCUUUACUCACAUGUAGAGAGUUGGAAGUUCUAGACCUUGGAAACAACAAAAUUCAAGAUACAUUCCCAAAUUGGCUAGAAUCUCUUCCGAAGUUGCAAGUUCUCAUCUUGAGGUCUAACAAAUUCCAUGGUGACAUAGGCAAUUCGAAGAUUAAGUUUCCAUUCCAAAGAUUGCGUAUCAUGGACCUCUCCUACAAUCGGUUUAGCGGUCUCUUGCCAACAAAAUAUUUUGAACAUUUGACAUCCAUGAUAAACUUGCAAGAACAUGGAUUGAAAUAUAUGGGAGAAGGCUACUAUCAGGAUACUGUGGUAGCGACAAUUAAAGGCAUCGAAUUGAAAAUGGAGAAGAUCCUGACGUUCUUCGCAACUAUUGAUUUCUCAAACAACAUUUUCAGAGGAGAGAUUUCAAGUGUAAUCAGUAAGCUUAAAUCAUUAAAGGGGCUUAACUUUUCUCAUAAUGAGCUUACAGGUAAAAUUCCACCAUCGUUUGGUGAAAUGAGCAAUCUUGAAUGGUUAGAUCUAUCUUCAAACAAACUUGUUGGUGAUAUUCCGGAGCAAUUGGCAAAUUUAACGUCACUAUCAAAGUUCAAUGUUUCAAAAAAUCAACUUGUGGGGCCCAUACCUCAUGGCAAGCAAUUUGAUACAUUUGAAAAUGAUUCAUAUAGAGAAAAUACAGGAUUGUGUGGAUUCCCACUUUCUAAAACAUGCAGUGCACAUCAAUCACCGCCAUCAUCAUUCCAACAAGAGGAUGAUUUGGAGCAUGGGAAUGUUUUUGAUUGGAAGGUAGUGUUGAUGGGGUAUGCAUCUGGUGUGGUAAUUGGAAUAUCUAUGGGAUAUCUUGUACUCUAA